UGUUCAUUCAUUUACAGCGCUGACACCGAGACGGGAGGCUACCGAGUAUCGGGAGACAGGGACUGGGUCUUGAGAGCGGGAGAGGGUCGACUGUAUAGGCGGGGGGGUGAGGGAGUCGCAUCUGGACGUUUCUGUUUGUUCAUUAUCCGGGAGUGGGAAUAUAGGUGUUUGUUGCUGGAGUACGUUAGCUGACUUCAGAAAAGCAUCACAGAAUUGCUACUGUCUCGCAUGCAAACUGCCUAGCAAUAGCAAGAAUCUGAAGUUUUCUUUUAUCAGAAAAAAACGCCUGAAUGAAAAGCACGGCUAGCAUGACCAAGGAAAACCGUUGGAACAUUCCUCCAAAUGCACCCGCGUGUAUGGAAAAGCACUUGGACUCGGUACAUUAUAGGCCAGAUGGCACGCUCUUGUUGGGGGCCUCCAGCCUAACGGGCAGGUGCUGGUUGGGCUCUAUCUGGGUGUACAAGGACCCGACGAAGGCGCCCAAUGAGGGGUACUGCAAUGCCGGAGUGCAGACGGAGGCUGGGGUCUGCGAUGCACAGUGGCUGUCCGGGAGGAGCGUACUGCUGGCGUCGGAUUCGGGUGCUGUGGAACUCUGGGAGCUGACUGAGGAUGAGAGCCUCUUGGUCAACAAGUUGAGCCACCACGAGCAUGAUGACAUCGUCACCAGCAUCAGCCCUGUGGCCGGAGGAGGUCAGGUAGCCAGCGGCAGCGUCGACUGCUGCAUCAAAAUGUGGGAUCUUGCUCAGCAGACGGUAGUCAACACACACAAGGGUCACGCUGGCCCUGUAACCCGCGUUUCCUGCAGUCCCACAGACGAGGCGUUGAUGCUCUCCUGUGGGCAGGACGGACGCUUGCUGCUCUGGGACAACAGGAAGCCCAAGCCUGCCUCUCGAUUAGAGGUUGUGGCCCCCAGCUGCCGUCCCACUUGUAUAGCCUGGCACCCACAGCAGAGCAGCGUGUUUGCCUACGGUGACGAGCUGGGGCGUGUGACCCUCAGGGAGCUCCAGGAGGGGGGAAGCAGUCAGACGAUGAACCCCCACAGCCGCAGGGUCUCUGGCUUGGCCUACUCCACACACAGCACCCCUCUUCUGGCCUCUGUGAGCGACGACUGCACAGUCACGGUGCUGGAUUCGGAGUUGUCCGAAAUCUUCAGAGACCGAAGACACCAGGACUUUGUGAGAAGUGUGUCCUGGGUUCCCGGAGGUUCGGACACCCUGACCACAGCAGGCUGGGAUCACCAGGUCCUCCACCACAACACGGGGCAGGCCCCGCCUGCCUCUGCAGCCUCCGCCUCACCCCCCUAAACCAGCAGAUGUGGGAGGGGUGUGGCAGGGGGUUGUGGG